CCGAAUAAAGGCAUAGAUGUACUCUCUUUAAUCGGAUUACGUAAAAAAUGAUGCUAAUCCUUUGCAAUUUAUUUAUUAUUGCAAAGACGGAAUCCAGAACAGACUAUUCCAACACUAUUAUUAAAUCAUACUGUUAUAAUGAUUAACAGUCGUGUAUAUGAAACAUUUGUGAACACUCUUACGUGUAAUGAGUUAUGUGACUAUUGACUACGUGUAUUAAGUUCGACUUAUUCCAAUGACGUAAGAGUUUUAUAUCACAACUGUUCUGCAUUUAUUAUUUUCAAGACGUAAAUUGUCGUCUUUCUCUCUUUUUUUUUAUGUAAAUUAUUUUAUGUUUGUCAUUUCAAGAAGAAAUCUAAUGAAUUAUCUUCAUAAGAUAAUCUAAUGAAUUAUCUGUCAUGUGACAAAGAUUACAUAUUACAUGACUCAUAUAUAUCGUGUUUAUCCUGGCAUAAUCAUCAUCAGAGUAGAGAGAAUAAUUCGGAUAGAAAAGAUAUUCAUAAAGUUCCGCUUGGUUCAGAAGCCACUUUUCAUUGGAGAGUCGAUUUUAUGAACGAAAUGAUAAUCGCAGAAGUCCAUUAUAUAGGCGUCGAUAACGGUUGGUUUGCCAUCGGUUUCUCAGAUUAUGGUGAACUAAAACCUGCUGAUUAUUGCGUCCUGUGGAUCGAUUGGCACCGUCAAAUACAAUUACAGGAUGCAUGGGCAGAUGAAGAAGGAAAAUUAAAUCUCGACCUCCAACAGAAUUGUGAGAAUUUCGCGUGGAGAAGAAGAGGAAACAUAACGAAGUUCACGUUUUCUAGGAAGUUUGAUACUUGCGACGAAAAUGACUACAUCAUGGAGAGAGGUACUACACAUUUAGUAUGGUUAAAAGGUUUAGGACCAUUAUCGUCUUUAGCUGGUUUGCAAGUAUCAGACGCAAAAGCUUCUGGUAUGUCUAGAACAGAGUUAAUCAGAGUACUCCACAAGAAACCUACAUUUCCAUCAAACGCCUGGCAAUUGGAAUUGUUAGCUGAUCAUGUGAAAGUGCCAAAUAAGGAAACGACUUACUGGUGCCGAGUACAAAAAUUACCACUUGUUUUAUCUCAAAAACAUCACAUUCUACAGUUUGGCCCAGUCAUACAAACAGGCAACGAACACUUGGUUCAUCAUAUGGAAGUGUUCCAUUGUGCUGGUUCGGUAGAUCUUGAAAUUCCUAUGUACGAUGGUCCUUGUGAUGGAACUAAUAGACCGGAGACAACGCAGAUAUGUAAAAAGGUUUUAGCAGCUUGGGCAAUGGGAGCAGAUGCUUUUAUUUAUCCAGAGGAAGCUGGUCUUUCAAUUGGUGGCGAAAAUUUUAAUCCUUAUGUCAUGUUGGAAGUUCACUACAAUAAUCCCGAGCUCCAGGAUGGGAACGUCGAUUCUUCAGGAAUUCGUUUUAUCGUUACUAAAAGUCUUCGAAAGUAUGAUGCAGGUGUAAUUGAAUUAGGUUUAGAAUACACUGAUAAAAUGGCAAUUCCACCACAACAGGAAGCCUUUAUUUUAGCGGGACAUUGUAUACAAGAAUGUACAGGUGUUGGUCUCCCACAACAAGGAAUACAUGUUUUCGCAUCCCAACUUCAUACACAUUUAACUGGCAUAAAAGUUGUUACUCGUCAUAUUAGAGAUGGGGAGGAGUUGCCUUUAUUAAAUUAUGAUAAUCAUUAUUCCACUCAUUUUCAAGAAAUUCGUCUUCUGCCAAAACCUAUUAUCAUUUUGCCUGGAGAUUCCUUAAUAACAAGUUGCACAUAUAAUACGAUGGAUAGAAAGAAUGUUACUCUUGGUGGGUUCGCCAUUUCCGACGAGAUGUGUGUGAAUUACAUUCACUAUUAUCCUAAUGCUCGAUUAGAGGUUUGCAAAAGUGCUAUUAGCGACGAUGCUUUGAGGACUUAUUUUCGCUAUAUGAGAGAAUGGGAAAAUCAAUUAACUAUUGCUGAUAAUGGAAUUUCUGCGAAUUACAAAAAUAUCGAGUGGACCAAAGUUCGCGUACAAGCUUUACAUGAUUUAUAUGAAGCUGCGCCAUUAGGAAUGCAAUGCAAUGGUUCUGAUGGAUCUCGACUUCCUGGACUAUGGGACAACAUAGCUGCCACACCAGUCAAACUACCUUUACCUCCACCAGCUCGAAAUUGCCCGGAUUCGUUAUUGAAACAAGAAAUAAUAAAUUCUAUGUAAAAUUCUUUUCUUGUUAUAUAGUACUAUCUAUUUUUGAAAACAUUAACGAGAUCAAAAUUUACGUCUCUGGAUAAUACACAAAUCUGAAAAUUAGUGAAACAUAAACAAAAUAUACUACAUUUAUCAUUCAUAUAGAUUUACAAUAGUUUCCAUAAAUGUUUAAAAUUAUUCGCUUAUGAAUAAAAUACUUUACAAAUAAUAUACUUCGUUACACACAUUCAAUUAAUCUAUAUUCUUUUAAGAUCGUUUCGUUUAAUUAUAUUAUCUUGAAAGAAUAUAGUUUUUUUUUUAAGCGAAAGCAAGAAAAAAUAUAGCUUAGAUUACAAUACAAGGUGCUCAAAGUUAAUGUACUCUAUGUAAAAGAGAAGAAACUGAAAGACUAUUAAAAAGAGUAGCUUAGGAUAAUGAUGAACAUUAUUAAUAUAAAAGUUUAUAAACCCCCAAUAUAUUUAUGCAUUUUAAGGAUUUCUUUUUUGGCAGUACAUUGUCUUGCUGCGAGUAAGCUUGCUUAAUCGAACGUCUGUUAACAAAUACUUGUUCUAUGAAAAAUUGGUACUUGUAAAAUGUGGAAUAAUAAAAAUAAUCAUAGUUAUAAUAAUAAUAAUAACUUCAUAAUAAUAAUAAUAAUAAUAAUAAUAAUAGUAAUAGUAAUAAUAAUGAUCAAUAAAUCAAUCAAUCACGAUAGCUGAAACUUCAUCUUUACACGUUUUACGAAUGUACAAAAGAGAAACGCGCCUUAACGCUAAAUAUGAUAUAAAAAUUAAAAAUAUCCAAUUAUUUACGAUAUAAUACACAUGGGCGGGUUAUACAUACAUACAUACAUAUACACGCACAUACAGGCUGAAAUCACACACACAAUAGUUGCCUUGUUCGCUCAAGCGCGAAAAUUACUUCCGGAAUAAUAACAAUAUGAUUUUUUUCAGUUUCUCUUCUCUUGUAAUUUGUUCUUUUUUUUCUUCAAUUUAUUCAAUUCUUAUUAUUAUUCAAUUCUUAUGCACGACUCCAUCUUUUAUCGAACACUCAUUAAAGAUUGAACACUCAUUGUCUUUUACAAAUUACAAAGUUGUUCUCAAACAUCCUAGCAUGUAAGGAAUUCUAUCGAGUAUUAAAUUUGUACUGCCAAAUGCACUAUGUAUUUCAAUCCUCUGAAGCAAACGUUUCCAGAAAAAGGUAUCUUCUUUUUUUUU